AUGGACAAGUACCUUUCAAACGAGGUGCCCCCUGUCUCCGUGCUGCCAGACAAGAAGUACCGCCGGGAGAGCGCCUCGGUGGUGGACGAGUUCUUCUCCACGGAGAAGCCAACUUCCACACCGUACAGCGUGAACAUCAACGUCAUCCUGCCCGACACGACGCACCUGCGCACGGGACUGUACCGGCCACCCAAACCCAUGGCUCCAUUCCCACAGAUCAAAACCGAGCCCGGCACCAGCUUCGCCCAGCCCUGCUCCUCUGCCUCCACGCAGACCCUGCCCGACUUCACCAGUGUCUUCAGCAUGCCCCAGUCGGUGGCGGUGAACAACAUCUUCAUCAAGCAGGAGCUGCCCUCUGAGAUCCCCCUGGCCACCAACCCACAGCAACCCCAGCUUUACCAGAUGCCUCUUGGCAAUGGAAGCGCUGACAUUACCUCUCUGACAUCCUCCUCCAACACCACCACAGCCAUCAACAGCCUCAGCGGGGUCACCAUGUCCACAGGUAGCGCCAUGUCCAGCGUGGUCCACAGACCUGUGCAGCCGGUGAAGCAGUACCCACACGUCUCCCAGGGACAGGGGAACUUCAACAUCUCAGGGCAGUUCUACCCUGCUCCAGGGGUGAACCUGCCCCCGUCACCCCCCAACUCACAGCCUGGCAGCCCAGAAAACCAGCCUGAGCUCAUCAACACCAUCUCACCCCCUCCAUCCUAUGAAGCCACUUUUGGACUGAAGUUGGUCCAGUCAUCCCAAGUCCCCCCGGUCCCCAAUGGCCUCGGGACCGUCUCCCAGGGGCACAUUGUCAUGCAGCCUCCCAAAUACAACAGACGCAACAAUCCUGAGCUAGAGAAAAGGAGAAUCCAUCACUGCGAUUACCCAGGUUGCUCAAAGGUUUAUACCAAAAGCUCGCACCUGAAGGCCCAUCAGAGGACUCACACAG